AUGAGCAACUACGCCUACACCCGGGACCUCGAGUCCGGUCCUACGAUCGACGGAUACGAACUCGAAGACCGCGCGACCUUCCAAGCAGUGUUCGAAAAGCGACGGCUGAUCAACGACGAACUGACAAUAAUCAAGCAAAACCAGGACUACCUCCGACCAGCACAACAAGCAGUCCUAGACGCCACAACCUCAACCGAGGAUUUCAUAGCCAACCAGCGAAUGAGCACUCUCGAUAGCGACAUCUCAGAAUCAUUCAAGCAGAUCCGUGGACUUAUUGCCGAGCUCAAAGCAAUACCCAACAGCAGCGAUCCGCGCGUGCAAGAACAAAUCAACAUCAUCAGCCAGAAUGUCAAGGUGCAGAUGAACGAGUACCGCAAAGAGCAGCUCGAUUUUGAGAAAAAGUUGCGCUCGCAGGUUAGGAGGAGAUAUGAGAUCUCCAGACCGGAAGCUACGCCCGAGGAGAUUGAUGCUGGUGUGGAGAAUGUAAUUGCGGGUGGGGAGCAGAUUUUCAUGGUCCAAGGCGUACGGUCUCAACAGGCCACCGAUGCACGCAACGCGGUCCAGCAGCGAUCGGCGGCCAUUCGCAAGAUCGAACAGGACCUCACAGCUCUGAGCGAGUUGUUCCAGGAAGUUGCGGAGCUGGUCGAAAAACACGAGUACCAGGUCAAGACGAUUGAUGAAAAUGCAAAGUCUGCGGAGGAUAAUCUAGCUAAUGCAAAUGAGAAGUUGUCUUUGGCUAUCCGGAGCGCACGAGCUGCGAAAAAGUGGAAGUGGUGGAUUCUGCUUGUUGUGGUCCUCAUCAUUGCUAUCAUCGUCGCUGUCUGCGUUGCCUGGUGCAAGGUCACGAAUCAUUGCUAG